AUGGAUCCCCAUUUCGAAGUUGCGCAUUUGCCGGACAUGCGGGAAAGUGCUAGUCGAGUCCGCUUUUUCGCCGGGGACAUGACACCGGUGGAAGGCAGGGGAGGCCUCUGGCGGUUGCCGAAGUCGCAUCGAACGCUACUGCAAUCAGUGAAGGAUCUUAUCUUGUUGUACAACAGGAACUAUCCAAACCUCAACAACAGCCAAACCGAGGAACUUAAUGGGAACCAGAUCGAAGGAGCAAUCACUAUCGAAAACUUGCGAAAAAACCCCACCAUUCUUCUCAGCAAGCCGAAAAUGAGCACCGGCUCCAAAGCCCUCACGCCCGGACGCGAAUUUCAGCCUAUAACUUUACAGGCUGGUGAUAUCCUCCAGCUCUAUGAAAACGACGGCAUCCACGUGACAAAUGGGGGAAUUGCCGCAGUGGCGCUUCGGUACAAAACAGAAAAGACUACAUGAUCAAUAGGGCCGAUGGGGAACAGAACUUUCUUGAUGAGAAAGGCCGAAAUUCAUUCCCAAUUCUUCGACAGACGGAGAUCCCAUAAAGCCGAAGCCCAAAUCCCAUUCGUAGAUUGGUCCGGUUGGACUGGUCUGGCUACCCGAUUUAAUGUUAGCAGGUAGCUGCGGAAAUUCCUGGUCAUCGCGCAGGGGGAAAGGGUUACGUGCACCAAAAGAGGCAGCCGUGAUUGGAUUAAUUGGUUGUUGAGCAGCUUGGGAGGCGGUGCCGUCUCCCAUAAUAAGCACUGGAUUCUGUAGGUUUUCGGAGGAAAGGCCAGAUAACUGCGCGGUCGAAGGGGGACCAUUCCACUGCUCGGUGGUUCGAGGGCGGUCUGGUGUUCCCGUGUCCAAAAUGCGGGACGAAGUCCAUGAUAAUAUGACUGGGCCAUGGGGGGGUACGAGGGCGGAGGCCGGUGGUUCGGGUGGCCGACUUGUCCGUGUUUGACAAGGAUUCGGAAGCGUUGUCAAGGUAGCCGUGAGCCUGUUCGGGGAUGAAGUUGCCG